AUGUCCAGCCCAGGGCUCCCCCUCCUGCUCUUGCUGCUGGCGGCCCCGCCACUGCAGCCCUCCUGGCUGCCACCGCCAGAAACCCCGGAGGGCAAGGCCACCAUCACGGGCUUCAUCCUCUCCUCUCUGGACAGAGCCACGUCCUUCCUGAAGAAGAGGCUGCCCGAAAUCAACCUGGACGGUGUGGUGGGGUUCCGGAUGCUAGAAGUGCAGCUCAAAGGCGUUCAGGAGAAGUGGGCACGGGACUCCCAGCUGCAGCCGCUCGGCCUGCGUGUGGGCAAGCUGGUGGAGAAGUUGGCUCCUCUCCUCCAUGAUUCCAUCUUCUACCUCAACCUGAGUGACCCCAAAUACCUGAGAGAGUUCCAGCUGACCAUCGAACCUGGGUUUUGGAAGCUUCCACGUGCCUGGACCCGCACCGAGGCCUCCAUGGUCUACCCCACUUUUGAGCAGGAGGACUCCUUCUCAGAGGAGCUCAGUGACUUGUGCCUGGUGCAGCUGCUGGGAACUGGGACAAACAGCAGCCAGCCCUGCCGGCUCUCCAAUUUCUGCAGGACCUUCAUGACCAGGCCAGGUUGCUCUGGCUACUGCCUGUCCCACCAGCUACUCUUCUUCCUCUUGGCCAGAAUGAGAGGAUGUACCAAAGGGCUGUUCCGCCAGAGCCAGCACUACAUGAACAUCUUCUGCGCCAACAUGAUGGACCUGAACCGGAGAGCCGAUGCCAUUGGAUAUGCCUACCCGACCCGGGAUGUCUUCAUGGAAAACAUCAUGUUGUGUGGGAUGAGUGGCUUCUCCGACUUCUACAAGCUCCGGUGGCUGCAGGCCAUUCUCAGCUGGCAGAAGCCGCGGGAAGGAUGCUUCGGGGAGCCAGCUGCUGAAGAUGAAGAAUUUCCUAAAGCCAUUCAGUACCAACAGCAUUUUUUGAGAAGAGUGAAGAGGCGAGAAAAACAAUUUGCAGACGGCUGCUCCUCCCACAACACAGCCAUGGCUGUUGCAGCACUGGGUGGCUUCCUCUAUGUCCUGGCGGAAUACCCCCCAGCAGAGGGGAAGCUGUGGCCACCCACAAUGACACCGCCCGACGGCCACUGA